AUGAAGUUCUUGCAGUCCAAGCCUGGUCGAAGUGUGGACACUUCUUGCCUGGAUACUACUUUCGUGAAAGCGGCAACGAGAAACCACGUCGAGGUGCUGAAAUUGCUGUCCAGAAUGGAAGAGUGCCAAGUUUCGCCUCAAGAAAUGGAGGCGGCAUUCAUUGCAGCUGCUACAGGUUUUGUGAAGGCGGCUACCGAGUACGUCGUUGAGUGCGAGGCCAUCGACAAUCAAGUCGGUGUGUUGCAGUUGUUGUUCGCCAAGGGAUGCGUCGGUCCCGAGCUGAUCAGCUAUAUUUUCCGUAAAGCUGCAGCUUGUAGCUCGCUUCAAGCAUUGGAAUUUUUGCACAAGAGGGGCAGUAUGUCAGCAGACGUUGUCGACGAAGCAUUUCUAAACGCGCUUGGUGUGAAUAGCGUUGAUAUCCUCGAGUUUCUUUACAAGACCGGAAUUGUGAGCCCAAGGUCGGUUGUGAGGGGUCUGAUGGAUGCAGCCGAUACUGAGGAUCUGGACGUUUUGCAAUACUUGCUACGCUGCGGGUUUACCAUUCGAGCUCUUCUGAAAGAUGCGUCAAAGACGUUUUACGCACCUAGCAGCAUGAUAAAGAUGUUAUCACGCGCUUACAAGUCGUUGUCGCGGAAGGAUAGCUACCGGGGGCCCCAGUAUCAAGGCGAGUUGGUCUCACUUUCCAAUUCGCCGCCUCGAGCGCAAGUGGCUUCCGACCGCCCAAGUGUCCAAGCAGCAACCCCGCGCCUGCUCUCAAGCCCCUCCCUGCCCCUCCCGCUUAUGACCGCCGAAGCAUGCGAGUACCUGUCGCCGUCAUGUGACCCCGCGUCGUUCUGGACCUACCUCUGCGUCUGCCUGCUGCUCGUGUGCGCGGCGGGCCUGAUGGCCGGCCUGACCAUGGGCCUCGUGUCGCUCGACAUGCUCAACGUGCGCAUCCUCGAGAUGGAGGGCUCGGAGCUGGAGAAGCAGUGCGCGCGCAAGGUGCGCCCCGUGCUGGAGCGCCACCACCUGCUGCUCGUCACGCUGCUCAUCGUGAACGCCAGCGCCAACGAGGCGCUGCCCAUUUUCCUCGACAAGCUCGUGCCCGAGGGCGUGUCCAUCGUCCUGUCGGUCACAUCAUCCCGUCCGCCAUCUUCACGGGCCCCAACCCAGCUGCGCAUCGCCGCGGCGCUCACGCCCGGCGUCAAGGUGCUCAUGGCCGUGGUCUUCCCCGUCGCGUACCCCAUCAGCAAGCUGCUGGACUGGUGGAUCGGCGCGGACCACGACGCCGCGCAGUACAAGCGAAACGAGCUCAAGGCGCUCGUGGCGCUCCAGAGGGAGAGCGAGGCCAUGCGCCAGAGCUUCGUCGAGUCGCGCCUCUGCGACUACGAGAUGGAGUCCUCCAGCACCAGCAGCGCGCACAGUAGUGUGCUCAUGUCGCCUAGCACGCUACGUAAGCAGCCGCUGUUGAAGCCCGAGCCGGAGACGGAGAUCGACGUGGACGUCCAAGUCGAGACGCCAAACCAACGCAAGCGUCGCCGUCAACAGGCCAUGGCAACGGGCACCAAGCUGAAUGUGGAUGAGGUCACCAUUAUCCAUGGCGCUCUGGAUUUGUCCUCCAAGACCGUGGCGGAGGUGAUGCUGGCCAUGAACCAGAUCUACAUGCUCGAGAUGGAUACCAAGCUCGAUCGUGAUACUAUGGCGGACAUUCUGGCCUCGGGCCACAGUCGUAUCCCGGUGUACGAGACUCGCAAGUCCAACAUUGUGGGCUUGCUGUUCGUCAAGAAGCUCAUUGUGCUGAACCCGGACGACGCGCGUCAGAUUAGGGACCUGGUGCUCCGUAAGCCCAUUCUGGUGUCGCCCAGUGGGUCGUGCUACUCGAUGCUGAACGAGUUCCAGAAGGGUCGCUCGCACAUCGCGCUGGUCACGAAGGAAGUUGAGCUCGUGGCCUCGUGCUGGCGCAGCAACCAGCCCAUUCCGCCGCACGUCGUGUUCGAGGGCAUCGUAACUUUGGAAGAUAUCGUAGAGGAACUCAUCCAGGAACCGAUAGAGGACGAGAGCGACGUGUAUGUCCACGACAUCGUGGACGUCUGGAGCUCCAAGGCCCAGCAGUCGCGUCUUCAAGCCGUUGCAGCCAAGGCCUUCGUCACCAAGAAGCUCAAGAUGCUUGCGGAUCGUGCGCGCGAACGCGUCAGGAAUCGCCACGAGGCCCAACAGCAAGUUGCCGCAUCGAUCCAAAUCACGGUCGUUCCCAGCGCUCCAUCUGUAGUCAACUAA